GUUCAAGUUGCCUGGUCUGAGGCUCCUGACCUACCGAAAGCAAUCCUUACCACAAGAAGACCCAGAUGUGGUGGUGAUUGACUCGUCCAAGCACAGUGAUGACUCAGUGGCCAUGAAGCACUUUAAAUCCCCUACAAAGGAAAGCUGCAGCCCCUCUGAAGCAGAUGACACAAAAGCACUGAUACAACCCAGCAAAUGUUCUCCCUUGGUUAAUAUAUCAGGGCCACUUGAUCAUUCCUCUCCCAAACGGCAAUGGGACAGACUCUACCCUGACAUGCUGCAGUCAAGCUCCCAACUGACCCAUUCCAGAUCAAAGGAAAGUAUUUGUAGUAUACGAAGGGCAUCUUCAGUGCAUGAUAUAGAAGGAUUCAGUGUCCAUCCCAAGAAUGUAUUUAGGGACCGACAUGCAAGUGAAGUUUCACGUUCCUGGAUGGCAGGGGGGCCUUUUAAUCAUAUCAAGUCAAGUCUACUGGGAUCCACAUCUGAUUCGAAUCUCAACAAAUACAGCACCAUCAACAAGAUUCCUCAGCUUACUUUGAAUUUUUCAGACGUCAAAACUGAAAAAAAGAACUCGUCCCCUCCAUCUUCUGAGAAAACAAUUAUUGCACCCAAGGUUAAAGAUCGAACACACAACGUGACAGAGAAAGUUACCCAGGUUCUAUCCUUAGGAGCAGACGUCUUGCCAGAAUAUAAACUACAGACACCUCGCAUCAACAAGUUUACUAUAUUGCACUACAGCCCUUUCAAAGCCGUCUGGGACUGGCUUAUCCUGUUGCUGGUCAUAUACACUGCUAUAUUCACCCCUUACUCUGCAGCCUUUCUCCUGAAUGAUAGAGAAGAACAGAAGAGAAGAGAAUGUGGCUAUUCUUGCAGCCCCCUCAAUGUGGUAGACUUGAUUGUGGAUAUUAUGUUUAUCAUAGAUAUUCUAAUAAACUUUCGAACGACCUAUGUGAACCAGAAUGAAGAAGUGGUAAGUGAUCCAGCCAAAAUUGCAAUUCACUACUUCAAAGGCUGGUUCCUGAUUGACAUGGUUGCCGCAAUACCUUUUGACUUGCUGAUUUUUGGAUCUGGCUCUGAUGAGACCACAACACUAAUUGGCCUUUUGAAGACAGCUAGGCUUCUGCGAUUGGUGAGAGUGGCACGGAAAUUGGACCGAUAUUCUGAAUAUGGUGCUGCUGUUCUCAUGCUUCUCAUGUGCAUAUUUGCGCUAAUUGCACAUUGGCUGGCUUGCAUUUGGUAUGCUAUUGGCAAUGUAGAAAGGCCUUACCUGAUUGACAAAAUUGGAUGGUUGGAUACCUUAGGACAACAAAUUGGAAAACGUUACAAUCAAAGUGAUGCAAGCUCUGGACCAUCCAUUAAAGACAAAUACGUUACAGCACUUUACUUUACCUUCAGCAGUUUAACAAGUGUAGGAUUCGGGAAUGUGUCUCCUAACACCAAUUCGGAGAAAAUCUUUUCCAUUUGUGUCAUGUUGAUUGGCUCACUAAUGUAUGCAAGUAUUUUUGGGAAUGUAUCUGCAAUUAUCCAAAGACUGUACUCAGGAACUGCCAGGUACCACAUGCAGAUGCUGCGAGUAAAAGAAUUCAUUCGCUUUCACCAAAUUCCUAACCCUCUGCGGCAGCGGCUUGAAGAAUAUUUCCAACAUGCUUGGACUUACACCAAUGGCAUUGACAUGAAUAUGGGGUUUCCAGAGUGUCUACAAGCUGACAUUUGCCUGCAUCUCAACCAGACUUUACUUCAGAACUGCAAAGCUUUUCGGGGGGCCAGUAAAGGUUGCCUCCGAGCUUUGGCUAUGAAGUUUAAGACAACACAUGCACCUCCAGGAGACACCCUAGUUCACUGUGGGGAUGUCCUCACUGCACUUUACUUCCUAUCCAGAGGCUCCAUUGAAAUCCUCAAAGAUGACAUUGUCGUGGCUAUUCUGGGGAAAAAUGACAUAUUUGGAGAAAUGGUUCAUCUUUAUGCAAAACCUGGAAAAUCAAAUGCAGAUGUAAGAGCUUUAACAUACUGUGACUUACAUAAGAUCCAGCGAGAAGACUUGUUAGAGGUUUUGGAUAUGUAUCCUGAAUUUUCUGAUCACUUUCUGACUAAUCUAGAGCUGACUUUUAAUCUAAGGCAUGAAAAUGCAAAGGCUGAUCUCAUAAGAUCACAAUCUGCAAAUGAUUCUGAUGGAGAGAACUGUAAACUUAGAAGAAGAAAAUUGUCUUUUGAAAGUGAAAUAGAGAAAGAUUAUCGCAAAGGAACUAGUACACAUGAUCCUGGAGACUCCGUAGAUACCACAAGACGUUAUCAGUUUUCCAAGAAACAUUUUGAAGAGAAGAAAAGUGGAUCCUCAUCAUUUAUUUCAUCCAUCGAUGAUGAACAAAAACCUCUUUUCUCCAGAAUAAUGGAUUAUGCUCCAGGAACAGAGAAAAGAACUAGCUUGAAUUUUGAAGAACAAACUAUGACCACUUCAGAAAGACUCCAUCUUGAUAAAAGAAGUCAUUCUUACAAAGAUAUCACUGAUGCAAGAAAUUGGGAACAAGAAAAUUCCCGGGGACACCAAGAGAUGCCUAGUCCCUCGGCAUACCACCGAGUUACCUGGGGGAUCUGUGAAACUGAAAGUGAUCUCACAUAUGGAGAAGUGGAACAUCGGUUAGAUUUGCUCCAAGAACAACUUAACAGACUUGAAUCUCAAAUGACAGCUGAUAUUCAAACCAUUCUGCAGUUAUUGCAGAGGCAAACUGCCGUGGUCCCACCUGCUUAUAGUAUGGUGACAACAGGGGCAGAAUAUCAAAGACCAGCUCUCAAAGUGAUGAAAACUCAUCAACUUGUAGCAUCUAUUAAAACUGACAGAAGCUUCAGUCCUUCUUCACAAUGUCCUGAAUUCCUAGAUCUUGAAAAAUCUAAACUUAAAUCCAAAGAAUCGCUCUCCAGUGGGGUGCACCUGAACACAGCCUCAGAAGACAACUUGACUUCACUUUUAGAACAAGAACCUGAUCGCUCUUUAGAGCUCCAUUCACAGCACAGUAAAACUUACCUUCAUCCCAUCAGGCAUCAUCCUUCUUUACCAGAUUCUUCCCUAAGCAAUAUAGGAAUCUUGGGUCUUCAUAGGCAUGUUUCUGAUCCUGGUCUUCCUGGGAAAUAAUCGUUAUUAUUUUUUUUUUACUAUUUACUUCAUAUAAAAUGUAAGUGCUUUUAAUGGCUGUUUUCCCUUUUUUUGUAUUUAAAUCCUCUAUACUUGACUCAGGGGCUAACAAGUUACCAUUAUAUGCAAAAGUACUGUAUAUUUUCCUAAAUUAAAGCUUGUAAGGUAAAGUUGAGCAGUUAGAUGUAAAUAUACUUAAGAACUAUGUUCAAAUGUUAAAAACUGC